AAAUAUCAAAUGGGUAUAAAAUGAGGCCGUAAUCAUCCAUUGACAAGCAGAAGCACCUAUACACGUUCUACUCCUUCGUCUAGCAACAUGUCGAAAAGCCAAGUGCUUUAUUUGUUCCUGGUUUUGGCUUCGGCUUGUCUCGUCAACGCCAAUAGCGUCGCCGACCGCUCUAACGCAGAUGAUGAAGGGGUCGACGAAAUUAUUGGUGGUACAACCGUUGCCAGAGGGCAGCAUCAAUACAUGGCGUUUUUGACGUCAUUCUACGCUGGCGCUUCAGGAUUGUGUGGUGGUACAGUGAUCAGUAACCGAUACGUUCUAACGGCAGCUCAUUGCGUUCAAGAUCAUACCACCGGUGAAAUAGCCAAAAAAGUGGAAGUCCGUCUGAAAGUCUACACUGUCAAUCCGAUGGACGCAGGUGUAAAACUCAUCACCGUGACCGGAUCCAACAUCAAGCCCCAUCCCGAAUUUAUGGCAAGCGGAGAGGUCAACUUCAACUACGAUCUUGCCCUCAUCAAGCUGGGUGCCGAUCUCCCGACGUCCGACUAUUACCUGAUCGGGAAACUCUACUUGGCGGGAGUGGACCAGACCACUGUGACCGCUGUUGGAUGGGGAUAUACCAGCAGUACUUCAACAACUGUUUCAUCAACACUGAAGCAAGUUAGCUUCCGGAUCGGAACCAAUGACGAAUGUAAAAACUUUUGGGAUCCCAGAGGCGGUGCCUACAACCACGAAUUUCAACUGUGUGGUGUUGUUCCGGGCAAAUCUGUUUGCAGGGGCGACAGCGGCGGCCCCAUCGUUCGAUACAGCAGUGGUUAUCAAACGUACAGCCAGGUUGGAAUCAACAGUUUCGUACCGACCUCCAAUGGACAAGCUGCCUGCGAAAUGGGUUAUGCAGUUUUUACCCGAGUUUCCGCUCAUCGUGACUGGAUUCACGCAAAUAGCUGCUAUCAAACCUCUGGCGGAUUUUGCCCAACUUGGUCUUACGCUUAAGCGAAGCCGCACUGCUGUCGACACAAUUUCCCCAUCUUGGCAUCUUAUAGUAUCAUAAUCCAUUAAAAAAACCUUAUAUUUAGCUAUCCUAUAUUUUUCGUUAUUUUACAGUAUUUUGGUUUUGGCAAUAAUAUACAUUUCCCUGCAAAGCA